GCGAAGUGCUAUAUGUUAUUCUUCCACUCUACACUUUAUGAAGUAUAGCCUCGUGAAAUAUCAAAGGAAGGAAACCAACCAUGCAUGUUUCAGUAGGAGAAGCUUCUUUCGAUGUGCUAUUUCAUCGAGUUCAGCUUGCUUACAUACUACUCGUGACAGCACAUCGAAGGAGAACAACCAUGCUGGUUUCGGUUGGAGAAGCUUAUUUCGAUUUUUUGUUUCAUCAAGUUCAUCUCGCUUAUAUACAGCUCGUGAAAGCUCGAAGGAAGGAGAAUAACCAUACCGGUUACAAAAAGCUCAACAAAUAUUCUUCAACUUAGUCAACCAAUUCUUCUCACGUUUUUAAUCAAUGAAAAUAUUAAAGUUGGAGUUUUAAUCGCAAGAUAACAGUCAUAUACCAAAACUAUUUUUAUGUAGGGACACAUGAGAUGCAAACUUGGAAACAUAUUUUGCUAAUUAGGCAAUUUUAAGCAUAAUAAAAUUGAAAUGAUUAUGAGCAUGACAUGUGUCAAUAUAAGUGUGAACACAUUUAUUGACAAUGUUUCUCUUUUAAUAUAUAAGGGAUCUCACUACCCAAAUGAUUCCUCCUCUCACCAACUCUCCAUGUCUCUGAUUAAUUAAUAGUGGAUGUUAGGUGUGUUCGUUUUAUGUGUCCAUUUGUCUAUCCGCAAAUAAUGUUUACUGGUCUCACCAACUCUCUGUGACUCCAAGUCUCCAGCAAAUUAAUAAAACAUGUGAAAUGUACUUUCAAAUUAUUUUUAGUAUCAUGUUACCGUUUUAUAUGAUCGUUCCUCUUAUCACCCCAUGAUUAUACAAAGUCAAAUUCUUCUUUACUUUCCUACCGUUUCUCCUAUUAUGGAAGCUUCACAAAAUCUUCUUCAAACACCUGCAAAUUUCAUGAAGGUCGAUAGUUUGAGCCAAGAAUGUGAAAAUCUGAUCUCUUCUUUACCUUCAGAGAAAGAUUUCAUGGGAAAAAACCUCUAUAGCUAUCAAGGAUCUUGGUACUAUCCCAGCACACUCCAAGCAAUCCUAAACUUCCAAAAACAUUUCCGAGCACGAGACAGCGAUAUCAUCCUAGCUUCUUUCCCCAAAUCAGGAACCACCUGGCUCAAGGCUCUUGUAUUUGCCGUCGUCCAUAGAAACAAGUACGCUCCUAAUCUUGUAUCCCAUCCCCUCCUCUCCGACAAUCCCCACAACCUCGUUCGGUUUAUUGAACUUGAUUUAUAUGUUAAGAACCAACGUCCUGACCUAGAAGAGCUUCCUUCCCCUAGGCUUUUUGCAACCCACAUGCCGUUUCAAACGCUUCAUGAUUCUCUAAGAGAUUCUCCAUGCAAAGUCGUUUACAUGUGCAGGAACAUAAAAGAUGUGUUGGUCUCUCGUUGGCAUUUCAGGAGCAAUGUUGUUAGAAAAGAGUUAUACAGUAACUAUUCACUUGAAGAUAUGGUUGACGAUUUUAUCAAAGGGGUUUACUCGUUGGGACCGUUUGAUGAUCAAGUCUUACGUUAUUGGAAAGAGAGCUUGGUGAACUCGAAUCCGGUACUCUUCAUGAGGUAUGAAGAAAUGAUAGAGAAGCCUGAGGUUCAAGUUAUGAGGCUCGCAGAUUUCUUGGGUUGUUCGUUUACUGAAGAAGAAAAGCAAAGUGGAACGGUGGAGAAGAUCUUGGAACUGUGUAGUUUUGGUAACUUGAGUAACUUGGAGACCAACAAGACUGGGACAUCUGUUUGCGGAGUUGCUCCCCAUGCGUUUUUUCGUAGAGGAGGAGUUGGUGACUGGAAGAAUCAUCUCACUCAUGAAAUGGCAAGAAAACUCGAUGAGAUGGUUGAGAAGAAAUUAGGAGGUUCAGGGUUGAAGUUUGAAUGAUCCAAGUUCGCUUGAUGUUUGAUAUUCAAUAAAAGAAAUAUUUUAUUAUAAAAAGAUUGUAUGAAAGCUAAGGUAGCUUAUUAACAGUUUGUGGUUAUCUUUUGGUGUGUUGUUUUUUCUUAAAGAUAAUGGAGAAGAUGUGCAUUUUGUUGUGUUGUCUCUUAGUCGAAUCUUGUACGCCAAAGUGGUCAAGAGGAUUGGGACUUUGGAGAAUUUCUUUGAACUAGGAGUCAUUAGCCUCGAGCUCAUAUGACUUUUUCUUGGCAAACUAUGUUUAAGCUCUUUAAGAUAUUCUGGCCCAUUAUGGUGGCCCAAUAGGCUAACGGUCACUCUAAACGAUGUCGUCUUCCAUUCCAUGCAUAGGU